AUGUCCAACGAACAGUCGCCUCUACUGCCCGGCUCCUCAUCCAUCUUUGCUCCCGUUCGCAAAGCAGGUCAUGUUUCGAGACCUGGACACGUCAGCAUCUGGCGCGUCGUGUUCGUUUUCUGUUUCCUUGUGAUACCCCUUAUGCUCCUCAUCGACGUAGAGAUGCCGGGGCUGGGGUUCGGUUCCGAACCAGAGUCUGCAAAGCAUUUAUGUCCACAAACUGAACCACUGUAUCCUGUCGCGAAUGCUAAAGUCGCGCAAACUGUGCUCCAUGUGCUCGACAGCCAUGCAUUUUUGGACCGGGCUGUUGCAGCUCUGAGUGGCGCUGUACAGAUAGCGACCGAGACAUAUGACACACUUCCACCUCUUGAAAAAGACCCGAAUGCCUGGAAGGAGUUUGCAAGCUUUCAUUUGUAUCUCAAGAAGACUUUUCCACUCGUACAUGACAGCCUUAAACUGACAACAGUGAAUACGUGUGGGCUUGUAUAUGAAUGGACAGGAAGCGACACAGAUUUGAAACCUGUCCUGCUCGCUGCGCAUCAAGAUGUCGUCCCGGUGAACCCAGCGACCAUAGACCAAUGGACGCAUCCUCCAUUCUCGGGAUACUUUGAUGGGGAAUGGAUAUGGGGUCGUGGUUCAUCGGACGACAAACUUGGACUUAUCUCGAUUCUGCUCGCUAUCGAGACUCUCCUCUCACACAAGUUUCAACCAACUCGGACUGUAGUCCUCGCAUUUGGUUUCGAUGAGGAGAUUAGUGGGACUCAGGGAGCAGGAAAAAUUGCACCAUACCUCGAAGAAACAUAUGGAAGAAAUUCCUUUGCAUUCCUCGUUGAUGAAGGCGCCGGACUGGUUCAGCAAUAUGGUGCCCUCUUCGCCGCACCAGGCAUCGGAGAAAAGGGCUACUUUGACGUGCGUGUCGACGUCACUACAGCGGGCGGCCAUUCAAGUAUUCCACCCGCGAACCAUCACACUGGUAUUGGCAUACUAUCCCAACUUAUCGUCAUAUUUGAGAAUAACGUAAUCACUCCUCGACUUUCGCGGAAGCAACCCAUCUACGAGUCGCUCAAAUGUCUCGGAGCGCAUGCACCAGAUAUUCCUCAAUUGCUCAAACGGGCAAUCAAGCGCUCCAUGGACUCUGACAGGGAUCUGCACCGCGUUGAAGAAAUGAUUUUCAAGGACAAUUAUAUCAAGAGCACCGUCGCGACCACUCAGGCAGUGACAAUGGUCAAUGGCGGCGUUAAAGCCAAUGCAUUACCCGAGCAGAGCUGGGCAAUUAUCAAUACCCGUAUUGCGACAGAUUCCUCCGUCGCUGCGGUUAUGGACCAUUAUACAACACUGGUGAAGGACUAUGCCAUCUUCAAUAACAUCACAUUCAAGGCAUUCGGCAAGACUAUUCUUGAUCGCGGAAACGUGAUCAGUAUUGAACUUUCGGAUGCAUGGGGGACUGCAUUGGAGCCAGCCCCCAUUACUCCAACAGAUGCAGCUGCAUACAAGCUUCUAUCUGGCACUAUCCUUGCGACGGAAGUGCGAGGUGGUAAUACGACAGAGAGCAGUGAUCCUGUCUAUGUCAUGCCGUCCAUGAUGACUGGAAAUACCGAUACACGGCGGUACUGGAAUCUGACUCCUAACAUCUUUCGGUACAACCACCUAAUUGCCACUGAAGGUGCAAAUAUUCACACUGUGGACGAACAUGUCAAGGCUAGUGGUCUCAUUCGAGGAGUGCGGUUCUAUGCAUACUUGCUCCUCAAUUCGGAUGAAUCUGUGCGACUGUAG